GCGGAGGACCAGAAAGAUACAUCAGUCAACUUGUUUGCGUUUAAUUCGAAGUACGUGCGUGAAUUCAUCCAACAGGAUAAGUGUCCGGGGUUGCUGAAGAAAUCACGAAACUCUUCUCAAGCGACGGUGUAUCAGCAUAACACUUGCUGAUACUAGAAACACGAAGGAAGAAAAGUGAAAGUACACGUAAAAAUGACAACGCACGAGAGGAAGUCAACGUCGUGCGACGACGGCCUCGAAGUCUCGGACGAUGAGAAGAAAACUAUCGAGAAUAAAGGAGACGAAGAAACAGCAACGAAGAGACCAAAGUGCAGACUCGACGCUGAUGGUCGACUGAAUCUGAAAGAUAUUUUAUUAUCCUUCAAUGGACCAGUCAGCCAGGAACAAGCGUGGGCUCUGUGUUAUCAAACGGCCAAGAGUUUGUCACGUUUGCCGAACAGCAAUUUCUAUGAACUCUCAGAGUUAUCGCAGAUCGUCCUUCACAAGGAUGGCGACGUUUGGCUUGGCGAUUUAAUCGAAUCGAAACAACCCACAGUUUCGGAAGAAAAGGCGAUGUUUUCAUUAGGCAUGAUGAUUUUCAAAGCGCUUGAUUUCGGCCUAGACGAACAGGAAGAAAGGCCUCUAUCACCGGAUCUAGAAGGUCUCAUAACGUUAAUGACUAGCUCGAGUGGAGGAUGCGAAGGGGAAACGGAAGAACGUCGACAGGAAACAGACGACGAAGGCAUCGAGCGCGACUCCAGCGAUGCCGAUGUCGAUGAUUUCUCGUUACAAAAAAAUAAUGAUACCUUCACAGAAAGACCGUUAAUAUACUCGUUAAAAAAUGUUAUGCACUUAUGUACCAGGCACAUGAAAACUACCGUUGAGUCUGCAGAAGCUCACUAUAAGGCUGUAAUACGGGCAUUUGUAGCAGAGGCUUUGGAAUUGUCGCAAUUUCUUGAUACAGUGGCGGCUGAGAAACUGCAAGCGUGUCAAAGGGAUGAAGCCAACAGUGAUGACAAUAAGCUGAACUCGAUGUCUGUUCAGAAUCUCGAUACGUUAGAUUUCAUUGAUUGGACUGACAUUAGGAUUUGGCGGGCUAUACAAGCACGAUUUUGGGUACAAGUUAUCCAAGAGUUGAGGAAAGGGGUGAAACUGAAAAAGGUAGAAGCCAACUUGGGUUCGAAGACCACAACUCGAGGACGUGGAAAAGGGGCAGAGUUUGAGUUGACCCCGUACGAAAUCUUAAUGGACGAUAUUCGAGAGAGGCGGUAUCGUCUCAGGAAAACACCGUCACCGACGCCGCACUUGCGAAAAGACGCACACGCGAUUAUUCUCGAAUUUAUUCGAAGCAGGCCUCCUCUAAAAAAGGCAUCCGAGAGACAGCUACCACCGCUGCAAAAGAACUGGACCUUACGAGAAUUACUCAUGGAGAGCAUAAAAAAGCCACCGAACUUAAGAUCUUCGCGCAACAGAUACGUUCCUAAGAACGAGAGAACAUCUCCCCAGAGUGAUCAAACUCACAGUAGCUCUGACAUCAAAGGAAACGAGUCACCCACAGCGCCGAAGCCUUCUCGAAGAGAUCUGGAUGGUUCGAAUUCUACGACGAGCAGACGGAAAGUAAUACCUGUGGAUUUUGACUUGAAGCUCGACGCCGAAGACGACGACGACGAUGAAGAUUACAACGAGGAAUUCACGGUAACAAGAUUCGAGGAAGAGGAUGAAGCAAUGAAUUACUGGCAUCUUAAAGAGGACUACUCUUUCGCGGACAGAGGCAGUAGUCGCAAUAGACAUAAAGAUCACAGAGACGAAGAUGAAGCGUGUUCUGCUAAUCCUUGGCGAAAGACGGGUGGGCUUCGUUUAACGAGAAACGAGUAUCAUCGAUUCUGCGAUGCUCAACUUGAAUCUUACGACCUCGCAACACAAUGCCCAUCUAGAAGAGCAUCGGCUCGAAAACACGCGGCUAGGCGCAGUAUAGCCCUCACAGCAUUAACCGGUACAACUUCUCUUCCUCAUUCGAGACCGCAGAGUCGUCAGCACGUAGGCGUGACAGAGUCCGCGUUGAGUCAGGGUCCGAGUCCCAAUAUUAGCCUGAACCCUAGUCCAAGUUUGAGUCCUCAGCCGAGAGCAAGACAGCCUCGUCGUUCCCAAACGAUUGCUGAAGGUACAAAGGAUACCGAACAUCACACCGAAGACUGGCAAGAUGAUAAAGGACAGAAACCUACAUUGGGUGACAUGUUCCUGGAUGAAAGACUUUCCCUAACUCUCGAAGAGAUCGUUCACAUACGUAGUGUACUCACCAAAGCCGAAUUGGAAUCUCUACCUGUAGAAGGUCGCGUGAAGGAAGAUGUGGAAAAAAGGCGGGUCUGUUUCCUCUGCCUGAAGACUCGAUUUGGACUCUUAGGUCCUUGGGGACAACGUUGCCGUUUAUGCGAAAGAACCGUAUGCGUCAAGUGCUAUUCAAAAAUGCGAAUCCCAACAGAGCAUUUCGCACAUGUUCCCGUGGUUUUGCUGUCACCUGGUCUUCUUCUUUCGCCGUCGUCAUCGGAACCGGAUACCAGCAAGAGUUCCUGGCUUAGGGGCAACGGAGCAGCUGGAUCUGCACCGGCAUCGCCAGCCUCUAGGCGCAAAGACUCGUCACUGAAAAGCGCAACACCUUCAUCAACGCCGACUACAACACCUGUUUUGAUACUUACACCGACUUCGACACCACCUUCUCACGCCCGUAGAGAAGUGGAGAGUCUUGAUAAAAGGAGUUUCAAGAACAGCGGUAGUCCAGCCAACGUAUCAUCGCCAAAGACAUUCUCCAGUUUCUCUAGUCACUCUUCGGAGCAACGAUUGGCCGCAGAAAGAUUGCGCGGCGUCUCCAUGGUCGUCUGUCACGAUUGUCGCAUAAUGGUGAUACAAAUAAUUAAAAGUUCAAGAACAACACGGGCUACGAUACGCAACAAUGUCAUUUCGCGACUUACUUUAAACCUUUCGCCAGCCUACGUUUGAAAUUCUUUCCCCAUCUCUCUCCAGAAAUCGGAUGUUCUUAAGCACCAGAUUUCUAUUGGAAGAAAGCGCAUUGUCUCGUUUUCAAUUCUACUAAAUGGGUAAAAUGCUACUAUGCCAGUAAGUGAGGCACGUAGAUGAGAUUUCUUCUCCUUGUAUCAACGUCUUCUCGUUCUCCUUCUAUAAGUAAUCUUCUGCGAAUAGUCACCAGUAUCUCUUACAAUACAACGAGCAUAUCAGUUGCUACGAAUUGUAAUCGUAUUUCAAAGGGUCAACUGUCAUAUUGGUUCUAAAAUUUAAUAUGCAACGACGACGAAGCAUUAUAGACUAUCAUUUACGUUUGACGAGGCUCUGAAGCGGAUUUUUUAAAUAUCUGUAUAAAUAAUUUAUUUCUUCCCUGCUGUGCAGUUACCUGAAACGAUAAUUGAAUAAGUAUCGCUCGAGGUAGUAUUUUUUUAUGAAACACAUAGAAGCAGAUUAUCGUUUAUCGCCAACAGGUCAGGAAACUUUGUUUAAAAAUUGAAAGUAGAACAUGUUGGAAGUACGGUGUGGAAACAGAAAAUAGGUCUAAAAGUAUUUCAGUAAUUAAUGGUGGAAUUUCAAACAUGAGGAAUCUUGUACGAAAAACCGGCAUUACAGUGGCAUCUAAUAUAGUCUACGUACCUACAUACAGGCUUAUAUCUAAGUAGUAUCGUUAAUGCAUGCAAAUUUGAAAAAUGAUAUAGUUAGAGUCGAAUAUUUCAUUACGAUGGCUAAGGCUCUGUUUUGGUUCGCAACGAUGGUGAACUACUUUUGCUUCCCAAUUCAAUGAUAAUUAUUAUAGAGAUAAAUUUAAUCAUAAAAAUAAUGCUAACUACGCUGUGUGUAUUCUCAACUCAUAAAAGUUGAGAGUCCUUGUUUAACCCGAUUGAUUGUUUCGGGCAUGAAUAUUAUGUACAUUUGCUCCCAAGUUGUUGUGAACACUAAAUCUAAGUAACAUCGCAUUAAAAGUAAAAUUUAGUUCAGGAAA